AGGUUCAAGAACCCAGUUCGUCUCUAUUGCUAACAUGUCGUUGCAUGACGUAGAUACGAGAAAUAAGUCGCAAAAUUUGUCAUCAAUUGCCAAGAUGAACGCUCUGCUGCUAUUGAGCCACUCUUCUCCUAGUUCAAAGGCACCUCAAUGGUCUUCAAAAGCUGACCAGGAGCUACUAUAUGCAAAGAAAGAGAUUGAAAAUGCACAUAUGGAAAAGAAAAAGGAUGAGCUACCUUCUCCUCUGUACAGAAACGUCUCUAUGUUUAAGAGAAGCUAUGAAUUAAUGGAGAAAAUGCUGAGAGUAUACAUCUAUAAGGAAGGUGAAAAACCUAUUUUUCAUGAGUCAAUACUAGAAGGUAUAUAUGCUUCUGAAGGAUGGUUCCUGAAAUUGUUGGAAGCUAACAAACACUUUGUGACUGAUGAUCCGAAAUCUGCCCACUUGUUUUAUUUACCAUUUAGCUCGCGGUUAUUGCAACAAACACUUUAUGUUCCAAAAUCUCACAGUCGCGAAAACCUAAUUGAGUACAUGAAGAAUUAUGUGGAUGGUCUUGCUGCAAUACAUCCUUUCUGGAAUAGAACUGAUGGUGCUGAUCAUUUUCUUGCUGCCUGUCAUGAUUGGGCACCAGCAGAAACAAGAGGUAAAAUUGCAAAUUGUAUUAGAGCCCUCUGCAAUGCAGACAUCUCCGCCGGUUUCCAAAUUGGCAAAGACAUUUCUCUCCCGACGACGCAUAUCCGAAACGCAAAAGAUCCUCUGAAAGAAACCAAAGGCAUGAUCGAUGGUCACAAUUCGUCAAGCAGACCAAUCCUAGCUUUCUUCGCUGGCUAUAUGCAUGGCAAGCUCCGACCAACCCUUGUAAAGUAUUGGGGAAAUAAAGAAAAAGAUCCCGAAAUGAGAAUUUCUGAACGUCUGCCUUCAACGAAAGGUGACAAGAAGUAUAUCGAGAUGUUGAGGAGCAGCCGAUUCUGCAUUUGCGCGAAAGGUUUUGCGGUACACAGUCCGAGAGUGGUGGAAUCGAUCCUACACGAGUGCAUUCCGGUUAUGAUAUCGGACGAUUACGUGCCUCCGUUUUUUGAGGUGCUGGAUUGGGAAACGUUUGCGGUUUUCGUGAUGGAGAAAGACGUUCCUGAUUUGAAGAAGAUACUUGUUUCGAUAUCUGUUGAAAGUUCAAACCCUAAGUGCGAGAGAUGGGAGAUGAGAAAGUGAACACUUUCAUCAAUGUACCUCGUUUUGAUGGUUAACACUACGAUUAUUUGUGCGAACUCGAGAAAACUCUGUAUGGGCUUAAACAAGCACCACAGACUUGGUAUAGCAAGAUUGACUCGCAUACUUUAUUCAAC